UGCUGGUUGCUCAGAUCACUGGCUUCUUCCAGUCUUGCUCCUGUCACCAAGAGGAUUUUGCAAAGCCACAGAAAGAUGUGUGACCAGCAGAAACUGGUGCAGUUCCCUCCGUCCUGCGUGAAAGGUUCGGGAUUGGGGCCUGUGGCAAGUGCCAACGUUACCGCUGUGAAAUGCCCAGCUCCGUGCCCACCUCAAACCUUCGUGAAAUACACAGCUCCUUGCCAGACGUAUGUGACGUGCCCAGCUCCAUGCCAAACGACCUACGUGAAAUGCGCAGCUCCGUGCCCACCGCAAACCUGCGUGAAAUGCCCAGCUCCGUGCCCACCGCAAACCUGCGUGAAAUGCCCAGCUCCGUGCCCACCUCAAACCCUCGUGAAAUGUGCAGCUCCGUGCCCAACGCAAACCCUCGUGAAAUGUGCAGCUCCGUGCCCAACGCAAACCCUUGUGAAAUGUGCCGCUCCGUGCCAGACGUAUGUGAAGUGCCCAGCUCCGUGCCAGACGUCCUACGUGAAAUGUGCCGCUCCGUGCCAGACGUAUGUGAAGUGCCCAGCUCCGUGCCAGACCCCGAUGUACUACGUCCAGUACCCUUCUUCGUACCAGACCUACUAUGUUCAGGGUGCUGCAAGUGGCUCAGCCGGCCAGUGCUGUGUCCCUGAUCCGUGCUCGGCUCCCUGUUCCACCAGCUAUAGCUGCUUGGCUCCCCGGACCUUCGGGGUGAGUCCCCUGAGACGCUGGGUGCAGCGGCCCCAGAACUGCAACACAGGGUCAUCCGGCUGCUGCGAGGACAGCGGGUGCUGCAGCUCUGGGGGCUGCUGUUCCGAGUGCUGCUGUUUGGGCAUUAUUCCCAUGAGGUCCCGAGGCCCCGCGUGCUGUGACAACUGCUGCGAGGAGGAGGACGACUGCUGCUGUUAAACACAGAACAACUCUGCUGCCUCCCAAAUGCACCGUCUGCUCCCCCUCCCAGAGCUUCGCAGGCCCCUGGCCCCCUCCCCUGUGUCCCAGUAAUACGGCCCCUCAUCGCUUCACCCCUGCGCCUUGCUUCUUUCUCAAGGCCACCUGCCAAAGUUAGC